AUGCCUCACGCCAAACAACCGUGGAUCGAGACGCCCUUGGUCGAAUCGACAGUCCUGUCCAAAAUCGCUGGCUGUCGCAUCUUUCUCAAACUCGAAAACCUCCAGCCCUCGUCGUCAUUCAAGUCCCGGGGCAUCGGCAACUUGAUGCUCAAGAGCAUCCAAGAACAAUCAGAGUCCCCCUCAGACGACCGACCGCUGCACUUCUACUCCUCCUCCGGAGGCAACGCCGGGCUCGCCUGUGUCACGGCCGCGACGUCCCUGGGCUACGCGUCCUCGGUCGUGGUCCCCACUAGCACGGAUGAACCCACGGUAGCAAAGUUGCUUGCCGCGGGUGCCAGCGAGGUGAUUGUCCACGGCGACAGCUGGUUCUUCGCCGACCAACAUCUCCGCGAAGUCGUCAUCCCCGCCGCGGAAGCCAAGGGCGAAAAGGGCAUCUACAUCCACCCCUUUGACCACCCUUUUAUCUGGGAAGGCGCGGGCACCAUGGUCGAGGAGAUCCAGAAGCAGAUGCCCGACGGGGAUGACAAGCCUGACGCCAUCGUCUGCUCCGUGGGCGGCGGCGGCUUGUUCUCCGGCAUCAUGUACGGCCUCGACCACGUGGGCUGGUCCGACCAAGUCCAGGUACUGCCGGUGGAGACGCUGGGCGCCGACUCGCUGGCCCAGUCGCUGCAGCAGAAAGAGCUGGUCACCCUCCCAGCCAUCACGUCGGUCGCGACCUCGCUAGGCGCCAUCCGCGUCGCCGAAAACGCCUUCCGCCAAGGCCAGCGCCCGGCCGUCACGUCGGUGGUGCUCGACGACGCCGAGGCCUGCGCCGCCUGCUGGCGCUUCCUGGACGACGAGCGCAUCCUCGUCGAACCCGCCUGCGGCGCCAGCGUCGCCCUCGCCUACGACGGCCGCUUAAAGAAGCUCCUCAAGGGAUUCUCCGCGGCCUCCAAGGUCGUCAUCGUCGUGUGCGGCGGCUCCAAAAUCUCCCUGGACCUGCUGACCCUGUACCGCGACAAGUACCAGAAGCGGAGCGAGGAAUUGGCACGGAAGUACUCGUAA